UCGACAACAGUUUGCCAGACACCUUCAUAUGAGGUGUAGUAAAUACAGACAAUUCGAAUAAAAGAAUUUAUAUUAACGGUCAUUAAAUAGUUCUAAGUUUAGUUUAAAUCGUCUGUUCAUUCGGGAAACAUUAAAAAAAUGUCUGUGGUGGAUACGGUACAAGAAACUGUAGCACAAGUUGCACAAACAUCUUCGGGAUUUAAUCCUUUGUGGACUGUAUUGCUGGGUAUUGUGGCCAUAGUGGUACUAUUUGAAGUAUGGAUUAAAAAUACAAGAGAAUAUAAAUUAUCUGAGAAUAUACCAUGCCCACCCAGAGUACCAAUUUUGGGCAAUGCUCAUUUGGUGGCAGGAUUAACAAAUGCUGAAAUCAUGGAUCGUGCUCGCUCAUAUAUCAAAGACUAUGGUAAUACCUUACGCGGCUGGUUGGGUCCCAUUUUGGUUGUGUUCCUCUCCGAUCCAUCUGAUAUUGAAAUCAUUUUGAGCGGUCAACAUCAUUUGCAAAAGUCAGAAGAAUACCGUUUCUUCAAACCCUGGUUCGGUGAUGGUCUUCUCAUUUCCAAUGGUCACCACUGGCGUCAUCAUCGUAAAAUGAUUGCUCCCACUUUCCAUCAAAGUAUUUUGAAGAGUUUUAUACCCACAUUCGUACAACACUCCAAGAAGGUUGUCUCGCGCAUGACCAAAGAAGUGGGCAAGGAAUUUGAUGUGCACGACUACAUGUCCCAAACUACAGUGGAGAUUUUGCUGUCAACCGCUAUGGGUGUCAAGCAUAUACCAGAAGAUAACAAGAGUUUGGAAUAUGCCAAGGCUGUGGUGGAUAUGUGUGAUAUUAUCCAUAAGAGACAAAUGAAAUUCUUCUAUCGUCUCGACUCCACUUACAAUCUAACACCCAUGCGCAAGAAGGGUGACAAGAUGAUGAAUAUUAUUUUGGGCAUGACCCGCAAGGUGGUCAAUGAUCGCAUGAAGGAUUUCAAUGCCGAUGCUAGAGCCAUUGUGGAGGAGGAAGAUGAAGUAACCAAGCAAAAGCUACAAGCUAAGAAAGAGGGUUUACGUGAUGAUUUGGAUGAUAUUGAUGAAAAUGAUGUUGGUUCUAAACGUCGUUUGGCCUUGUUGGAUGCCAUGAUGGAAAUGUCUAAGAAUCCUGAUGUAGACUGGACCGAUAAAGAUGUCAUGGAUGAAGUUAACACUAUUAUGUUUGAGGGUCACGACACCACCUCUGCCGGCUCCAGUUUCGUCCUCUGCAUGUUAGGCAUUCACAAGGAUAUCCAGGAGAAAGUCUGGGCUGAACAAAAGGCCAUUUUCGGUGAUAAUAUGUCACGUGAUUGUACUUUUGCCGAUACCAUGGAAAUGAAAUACUUGGAACGUGUUAUUAUGGAAACAUUGAGAAUGUAUCCACCAGUACCCUUGAUUGCCCGCCGUGUUGAUCACGAUGUCAAACUAGCUUCUGGUCCUUACACCAUUCCUAAGGGAGCCUCCGUUGUCGUAUUGCAAUUUGCUGUACAUCGCAAUGCCGACAUCUAUCCCAACCCAGACAAGUUCGAUCCCGACAACUUCUUGCCCGAACGUAUGGCCAAGAGACAUUUCUACAGUUUCAUACCCUUCAGUGCUGGUCCCAGAAGUUGUGUGGGUCGUAAAUACGCCAUGUUGAAAUUGAAGGUAUUACUUUCCACCAUUAUACGUAACUUUAAGUUGGACUCUAAGAUGAAGGAGGAAGAUUUCAAAUUACAAGGUGAUAUUAUCUUGAAAUUGGAGAAUGGCUUUAAUGUAAUGUUGGAACCCAGAACACACAAAGCAACCAAGGCUUAAGAUGUACACAAUUCUAUUAGAUAUAAAGGACUUUGAACUACAGAUUGAUUAGUCAGUAAGAUGCUAAGAUAAAUCUAACAUAUUGGACAUUUUUAUAAAAAGGGCAGCAAAUUUACUAACCCAACUCAGACUAACACAUUUUCAAAAUUAUAAUAAUGAACCCUGAAAAUAAUUAAAAAAAAUAAAAAAAAAAAUUAUUAACAAUAUAGCUUUAAUAACUAUUUUUAUAACUGCAUGCACAGUAAAUAAAACUGUAAAAACUAUUAUAAA